AUGGAUCUGAUUCUUAUGUUAUCCAUUCGUAAUGGCAUUAUUGGGGGAGACGAAGCAUUAAAUUGGGGUUUAUCGGGACCAAUGCUACGAGCUUCCGGAAUAGAAUGGGAUCUUCGUAAAGUUGAUCAUUAUGAGUCUUACGACGAAUUUGAUUGGCAGGUUCAAUGGCAACGAGAAGGGGAUUUAUUAGCUCGUUAUUUAGUACGAAUUGGUGAAAUGACAGAAUCCAUAAAGAUUAUUCAACAGGCUCUGGAAGGAAUUCCAGAAGGGCCUUACGAAAAUUUAGAAAUCCGACGUUUUGACAGAUUAAAAGAUCCUGAAUGGAAUGAUUUUGAAUAUUGGUUUAUUAGUAAAAAACCCUCUCCAACUUUUGAAUUGUCGAAACAAGAACUUUAUGUGAGAGUUGAAGCCCCAAAAGGAGAAUUGGGAAUUUUUCUCAUAGGAGAUCAGAGCGUUUUUCCUUGGAGAUGGAAAAUUCGCCCACCAAGUUUUAUCAAUUUGCAAAUUCUUCCUCAGUUAGUUAAAAGAAUGAAAUUGGCUGAUAUUAUGACAAUACUAGGUAGCAUAGAUAUCAUUAUGGGAGAAGUUGAUCGUUGUAUUGAUGUAUGA